AUGCCCUCAAUUUUAUUUAUUAGAGAUUUAGUACAAACAUUGCGAUCGAUCUUUAGGAAGCUACAAAACCAAACAGUGAACACCGAGAGGACUUCUUGUUUGGACGGGAAGUGGAACUUUGUUUCCGGCUCGUCGCCCAAAGCAACCAGUAACAUCACCUGCGACUGUACCCUCAACUCCAGUUCAGUCUGUCGUGUCACAAACAUACAGCUAAGAGGUUUCAAUUUGCGAGGAAUUAUCCCGCCAGAAUUUGGGAACCUCACGCGUCUUACAGAGAUAGAUCUUCAGCUAAACUUUCUCAGUGGAACAAUACCUACGUCAUUGUCUCGAAUUCCGCUUGAAAUCUUGUCUGUAGCCGGAAACCCUCUCUCCGGACCAUUUCCUCCUCAAAUCGGAGAGAUUACUACACUUACUGUAGUGCAAUUGGAAACUAAUCUGUUCACAGGAUCACUUCCUUCAAACUUAGGGAACUUGAGAAGUCUUAAAAGAUUGUAA